AUGUUGCGCUUGUUUAUUCCCUUGUUUCUUGUUCUCAUCUUGCGUUCCUUCGCAAGCCAGAAAAACUCUGUAAGCAACGUAAGUUUGGCAAUUUUUUUAGUUCGGUCCUUGAAAGAAUUAAUUUUGUCUGAUAUAAAGAAUAUACACCAUGACUGUGCUACUUUAACUAAUAAAAUUCAAUACUAAUACCUCUCGGAUUUUCUCUUGUUUAGGUAUCAAAUCAAAACCAUUGCUGCAACUGUCGCGACGGUAAGCUAAAGACUUUGAAUGAAUGCUGAUUCCUAUCUGUUCAUGUUGUUUCUAACAUAAUUUCUCAUUUUUUCCCCUAGGAAGGGAUGGAAGAGAUGGUCAGAACGGUAAGAUAAGACAUCGCACAUAUCAAUAUAACCGGGCAUGUUUUCACUAAUUGACACAAUGUUGACGAUUCAAGUCCGUCCCAUUCUAUUAAGCAGUAAGAUACUUUCUGACCCGGUCAACCUUCCAAUUUAGUACCCAUACGUAUAUAUCUGUUCACACCUUUUGCUCAUAAAUGGAAUAGUAGAUUGCUGGCAGGAAAUACUGCCAUGGGAACUUAAAUCAGUCUCGUUUCAUAUUACAACUGGGCGAACUAAUCUGAGAAAAUAUAAGAAGUUCCGACUGUUGAAAAUGGAAAAGUGAAUCUGGUUAAAAAUAACAUAACCUAGUCAGAGCUGGGACUUUUUAAUUUAGAUGGUGUAGAAAAAUAAAUGAAGUAUUAAGCAAGAGAUCAAUGUCACUGACGUGGCAUGAUUAAAAUUGUUGUCUUCUGCUUUCUUUUCCGUGAGUUCUUCUCGUUCUCUUUUCUAAUCAUUACCAUUAAAUGAUUUUAUUUUUUCACACCCAAGGAAAGGAUGGUCGUGAUGGAAGAGACGGGAUCAAUGCAGGAAACGGAAUGAAGGUAAAAAUAUUAAAAAGGAAUAAAGUUUUUUCUGCCAUUAUCAAAUCGGUGAUAAAUUAUUUCUUGGAACAAAGAUGACAAAGCCAGACGAGAACUUUAAGAACACCGGACAAAAGGAUAAGAUUACUCAAGUUCCCUGCAAUCCGAGAUUUCAGCUGCCUCUAAAAACCCGCUUGAUUAACUCCAGAGUCUAUUUUCUGUAGUAAAAGCGAACUGACACAGUACUACCUUAUUCUGUUCUAAUAAGUAGUUACAUAAGAUAAAAAAUUCCGUUUGAAAUCUGACGAAAUCUCAGCGGUAAAGACCAGUCUUAAGUAAAAGAAUUACAAAGAAGGAGAUCUGAGUCUUCAAGUUUUCCCAACCCUAGAUUGGUUUUAAGAAUAGUUAAGGACUUGUUUGUUUUUGAGGGUCAAAAAGGAGAACGUGGUUCACCAGGAAACAUCGCAGGAGGUGUAAUUAAGUUUAGCGAUGCCGCUGAGAAAUGUACCGCAAGCAUCGCCGGCACUGUAAGCUACAAUAGUUCCCAGAAAUCCUUGCAACACUGUGAUGGAAGUGUUUGGCUUCCAGUGCUGACUGUUGGUAAAGGUUACACGGCAGAUAGACCCGGCCGCCAUUGCUUGGAUAUUUUAAAUUCUGGUAAGCUGAGACUGUGAUAAAUAAAAAGAAUCCAUAAGAGACUGAAGAGAUAGUUGUAGAUAUUGCUGAAAAAAAGCUGGCCUGCAAUGCAGGCCUAUAUAUUUGGGACGAGUGAAAGCUGAUUUAUAAAGUUUGCAAUGCCGCAGUCGCCAUCUUUCUUAAAUAUGCCUGCUAAAGUUCAUCCUAUCAAUCAUAAUAUAUAAACAAUCAUGUAAAAUAAUAUUCAUUUUUCAGUAUAUAUUUAUUAUCAGGCCAAAGUCAUGGCAGUGGGCUUUACUGGAUUGAUCCAAACGGUGGCUCGACAGUUGACUCAUUCCAAGCCUUUUGCGACAUGGAAACUGAGCGUGGAGGUUGGACCCUAGUUGCCACAAAGGUCUCCCCAGGCUUCAUCUUCAUCAAAACUGUUUUCUCAUCAGUGGCCGCUGCAACUAAGAAAGCAGAUGCUGCGAGUCACAUACACCCAAGCAUGGGGAACUGGAAAGAGGUUAUGUUCCGCUUUGCUGACGUUGAUACCAUUCGACUUAUUUACAACAGAAAAGCGGGCGCACCAAACAAAGACAAGGAGGAAUUCGACAAGUUCUUGAUGGGGAAGUCCAUGCAGUUGACAAAGAACGUGAAUGGAUUUUAUAAGUACAGUCCAGCAGAUAAGAAAAGAAAUCCCAGCGUGGGUUUUGCCACCAUAUCCUCUUUCUACUUCCGGUCAAACGCUGGGAUCUCAGAAAAUCACAGUGGCACGGAUAAGUGGCUUGACAUUUGGAAUACUGGUGAUGGCUCAAACAAUUACAUCUACAGCGAUGACAGCAGGGCGCGGGGCACCAAAUGUAUCGCGGGCUACUGUUAUCUGAACAAGCCAAUCUGGGUGAUGGUGCGCUAGUAAAACCAACCAAGCCAGUACACGAGCUACUAAUUACACGAGAAAGAACUAGAUACUUAGGUGUUAACAGGCGAUAAUAAAGUAGGUUUUAAAACAGACUGCUGGCGAUAUCAAAGUUCUAACAAUAGUGUCAACAUUAAAACGACCUGAUAUUAAUCCAGUUAAAAAGAAUUCUCGCAUCUUGUACUGACUGCUCAUAAAAUAAAACUAAAAAGCAUUGGCGAUUUGGGUGUGUUGUUUAUUAGUCGUUUGUUUGUUUGUUUGCUUUUUUUUCAGAACAACCCUUUUGUUGCUUGGGUAGGGGGAAAUUGAGCAAGAGUUAGAGUCAGUUCCACGCUAAGCCUGGUGCAUGUGUUAUGAGCAAAGUUUUUCGGAAAAACCGACUCAGAAAAAAUUAAAGAACUACGAAUAACGAUUGACUGCGUCAAUUAAUGACAACUGCCUUGCCUUUUUACAAACUACUUUUUUCGAUUUUUUUAAAUAAUUCAACGCACGGACAGGACGUAUUUUUUCUAUUAGUCAAGAAGAAAAAGGACUUUUGAUAUUAUCAAGUAUAAUAUCGAAUUUUAUCACCAUGUGGUAUAUACUCUUGAGUUGUAAGGAUUGGAUCAGAAAGUUGGAAAAGCUUGCACUGGCUCUUUUUCAAGAUCACAAAAUUUAUGUUAGCCGUCUACAGCUAUAAAAGACGCGCUUCCUUGUGAAUCUCUUUAUAUUCCUUUAACCUAACAACAGACGAAUCAUUAAAGACAAAAGUAUAUGAACAAUCACCGAAGAGGCCAAAUUUCCAGUAAGAGAGACUACGUUCUUCAAUGCCUUUGUAAAGCCGAGGUAAUAUUACGUAAUCUGUCGUUAAGGCGGGAAUAUCGUAGCACCAAACACAUCUUGACACGAACUGAUUAUAAACCAAAACGUUAUCUGAUCUUCUAGUUAGGUUGGAUCCAUGUAACAGAACUUUUGGAGUUUUAUUGGUGAUCUGAUCUCCCUGAUCAUUUUCUUUUGCUUUCCAACACUUGUUUUAUAGAGAUGUCCCAGAUUUUCCCGAUUAUUAAGUUAAUAAUAAGAGUGAAAACUCGGAUAGAGAAUAGUAUUCGUUUGUUACUCUAAAUAAACCCUCAAGUUGCUAAUUGGGUAGAAUUAUAUGAAUUAAAUAACCUUUUAGAGUCAGUGGAUGACUAAGACGAUUUUUUAAAUCAUGAUAAUUGAUGACAUCUUUGCACUGCGAUGGCUGAUUGUUCACAUGACUUUGGUACCAAUCAGACAAGAUGUGACAUGUAUCAGAUGCCAGCUUCUGCUGAGCAGGGUGAAUAGAUGUGGCGCAGAAAUGUGUUUCACGAUGUUCAUAUUAUUAUUAUUAUUAUCGCGACGUAAACUUGCAAAAUAAUGAUAAGACUCUCUCACAGAGUCCUUAUUCAAGCUUAGGCCAGAAUUUAUCUUUUUUCUUUGACAGCACAUUGACCAUUUCCACCAGGCCCCAGAGCCCAUGCAUCUUGCCACUCGAAAAUGAUAAGGCCUUGUAUCAAGUUCUUCCACUAUUCAUCCCAAACGUUGAAAGUUUGUUAAGUACGAUUAUUCUAAUAAAUAGGUAAUUAUUAUUAUCCUAAUAAACCGUGUCUAAAAACUCUUUAUUUUUGUUUAGUUUAUCCUUAUCUUCAUUACUGUAUUAUUGUCUGGGGAUCUACGUACAAAACGAAUCUUCGCCGUCUUGUCUCUUUGCAAAAGCGAGUUAUCAGAAUUAUUUCUAAAUCAACUUUCGAUUCUCAUUCAGACCCUAUUUUCAAAGAAUUAGAGCUACUAAAACUUUCCGAUAUUAGACAGCUAGAAUUAGGUAAACUUAUGUUUUCUCUUAACCAUUCUCUUUUGCCUUCAAAGUUCAACAAUUAUUUUUCUUUAAACAAACAAGUCCAUAGCUAUGCCACUAGACACGCGAACGAUUUUCACCUUCCNCCUGUGCAUCUUGCCACUCGCAAAUGAUAAAGCCUUGUAAGUUCUUCACUAUUCAUCCCCAACAUUGAAAGUUUUUUAACUACGAUUAUCCUCUAUCAGAAACGAUAAUUCAUUUAUCUACACAAAGUAAAUUCAUACAAUUUUCCUUAAUUUUAGAUUUUGAUCACGUGUUUAGUCACGUGACAGAUUUAACACACACGGCAGAAUAAGAACCUGAGAUAUUUAAUCACGAAAAAGUUCGAGAUAUUUUAGGCUACCCAGCAAAAGUCAUUGCCGAUCAAUCAUGUUUCUCGGAACACACUUUGGAGCCUAAUUUCUUCUUCUCUAUUUUUCCAGUUUUAGUUUUUUUUCUUCCAAAAUGUCAAAGCUAAAGUGUCCAGCUUUUGCCUCCGUCAUCCUCCCCGCUGCGGUGGAAUCAUGCACAAAGCGAUCGCUUAUUUUAUGUGAAACAAUAACAAUCUUUUUAUCUUUCAGUUACUCAGGCUUCAGCGUGAAUUUUUUAAGGCAAAGUAAAGAAGAUUGCGAGAAGAAGGCUGAGCGCCUUAUACUAUUUAGUUUGUUAAGUAAACACUAUUUCUGACUCUCUCCUCACGUCGCUGAUUGCAUCUAAUGACACUGCAGUGUUCUUUUUUUACUUGUUACUGGAAAAGUCUGUGUUAAAAUUUUAUUGCAAGGUACUGUACUUCUAAUAAAGGGUUUGUUACGCUCAAUGCUGACUAUUCCACUUUUAUAAAAAGCUCUUGGUGGACAAAGACAGUCAGUAUACAUGACAGGGUCAUGACAGCUCAACCAAUGUUUGCAUCAAAAUUAUCAUACGUAAUACAAAUAUUAAAAUUUCGAUAGUGUGUCGCCGUUUUUUCAUGUUAAGAAAAUAAAGGAAACAUCUUUCCCAUCAUUGUGAAACUCGCCCUUUCCAACUGAAAACGAAAGGAGCACUUAAAGAGGAGUGGGCUCAAAAUGUUACGCUUGUUUAUUCCGUUGUUUCUUGUUCUGAUCUUGCGUUCCUUCGCAAGCCAGAAAAACUCUGUAAGCAAUGUUUGGCACUUUUUUUAGUUCGGUCCUUGAAAAUAAUUAAUUUUGUCUAAUAUAAAAAGCAAGAUCAAAUGAAUAUACACUAUGACUGUGCUACUUUAACCAAUAAAAUACAAUACUAAUGCCUUGCGGAUUUCCUCUUGAUUAGGUAUCAAAUCAAAACCAUUGCUGCAACUGUCGCGACGGUAAGCUAAAGACUCUUAAUGAAUCCUGAUUCCUAUUUAUAGAUGUUGUUCUAACAUAAUUUCCCAUUUUUCCCCUAGGAAGGGACGGACGAGAUGGUCAGAACGGUAAGAUAAGGCAUGGCACAUAUCCAUAUAACCAUGUUUUCACUAACUGACACAAUGCACAGCAGUUCUGAAUUCUAUUAAGAAGUAAAAUACUUUCUGACCCGGUCAGCCUUCCAAUUUAGUACCUAUACGUAUAUAUAUAUCUGUUCACAACGUCUGCUCACAAAAGGAACAGUAGAUUGCUAGCAGGAAAUACUGCCAUAGGAACUUAAAUUAGCCAUAUAGUUACGUUCCAUAUUACAACUGGGCGAAUUCAUCUAAAAACAAUAUGAGAAGUUCUGACUGCUGAAAAUGGAAAGUGAACCUUGUUAAAAGUAAGAUAACGUAGUCAGAGUUGGGACUCUUUAAUUUAGAUGGUGUAGAAAAAUAAAUGAAGUGUUAAUUAAGAGAUCAAGAUCACUGACGUGGCAUUCAAAAUUGUUGUCUUCCGCUUUCUUUUCCGUGAGUUCUUCUCGUUCUCUUUUGUACUCAUUACCUUUAAAUAAUUUUAUUUUUUCACACCCAAGGAAAGGAUGGUCGUGAUGGAAGAGACGGGAUCAACGGGAACGGAAUGAAGGUAAAAAUAUUAAAAAGGAAUAAAGCUUUUUCCUCUUUGCCGCAGGGAUCAGGUGUAAAGCGAACGCUUACUUUGUGAAAAACAAUAGAGUCAAUAGAAACGUUUUUAAACUCUUGCGCCAAACUAGUCGUGAGUGCAUGUGCUAGAGCGUUACACUUUGAAAUACUCUGCAAUUUCGUCACCAGAACCUUCGGAUCAUGAGUAGUGGUCGAGAAUGGCUACUUUGGCAAACUGACAGGAAAACAUGGCGAUACUUUGAAAGAUCGUGACACAGAAGGUGCUCGCUUUAGAGACGUGGUAAUUAACUGAGGAUCGUUCAAGAGCAAACUUAGGUGGGGUGGUGGGGGAGGGGGUAAAGCUGAUGGAAGUAAGACAGGAAUAUCUUUUUUCAAUUCUCAAAUGUACCCAUCAGUGUAUUUUUAGGGCAAGGUAUAGGGGUAGGGUUAAUUGCGGGAGAGAGUUAAAGCGUUCAGUGCUUUGUCUUGCGCCUCAUACCAUUUAGUUUGUUUAGUUAACACGUAUUUCCGGCUAUCUCCUCAUGCCACUGAUUAUAUAAAGGGAAACUCAAUGUUAUUGCUUUUAUUUGCUUCAAAAAUUCUUCGUAACGAUUUAAUAACAUAUACUGAACUGUACUUCAAGGACUUGCUGUUAUUGCCUGUUGUGGAUAGUUUUUCUGUAUUUAAGCUCUCGGCCGACAAGGACACAAUCUCCACCCCAGGAGCUCUUCUCCGUAUAAAGGCCGGAGUCAAAACCGUAAGCACUGGGUCGAGAUUGGACAAGGACAGUAAAUGACAAGGGUCAUGAGAUUAUGGGUUAUCAUACAUAAUACAUACAUUAAAAUUUUGAUGGUCUCGCCGUUUUUUCAUGUUAACAAAAUCGCCAUUUCCUACUGAAAACGAAAGAAGCACUUAAAGAAGAGUGAGCUCAAAAUGUUGCGCUUGUUUAUUCCCUUGUUUCUUGUUCUGGUCUUGCGUUCCUUAGCAAGCCAGAAAAACUUUGCAAAGAAUGUAAGUUUGGCUUUUUUUAGUUCGGUCCUUCUAAAAAUUAAUUUUGUGUAAUAAAAAAGUAAGAUCGAAAGAAUAAACACCAUGACUGUGCUAUUUUAACCAUUGAAAAUUCAUUAUUAAUACCUCGCGAAUUUUCUCUUGUUUAGGUAGCAAAUCAAAACCAUUGCUGCAACUGUCGCGACGGUAAGCUAAAGACUUUGAAUGAAUUCUGAUUCCUUUCUGUUCAUGUUGUUUUAAUAUAUUUUCUCAUUUUUAUUCUAGGAAGGGACGGACGAGAUGGUCAGAACGGUAAGAUAAGACAUCGCACAUAUUAAUAAUAACCGGGCAUGUUUUCACUAACCCGAUGUUGACGAUUCAAGACCCAGCAGUUCCCUUUUUUCAUUAAUUAAGCAGUAAAAUACUUUCUGACCCGGUCAACCUUCCAAUUUAGUACCUAUACGUAUAUACCUGUUCGCACCUUCUGCCCAUAAAUGGAAUAGUAGAUUGUUAGCAGAAAAUACUGCCAUAGGAACUUAAACUAGUAGUACAGCUCCAUAUUACAACCGGUCGAAUUAAUCUGAGAAAAUAUAAGAAGUUCUGACUGUUGAAAAUGGAAAACUGAACGUUAUUAAAAAUAAGAGUAACGUAGUCAGAGUUGGGACUUUUUAAUUUAAAUGGUGUAGAAAAAUAAAUGAACUAUUAAGUAAGAGAUCAAUGUCACUGACGUGGCACUCAAAUUGUUCUCUUCCGCCGUUUUUUUGCGUGCGUUUUCUCUUUCUCUUUCUCUUUUCUACUCAUCAGUCAUUAAAUAAUUUUAUUUUUUCACACCCAAGGAAAGGAUGGUCGUGAUGGAAGAGACGGGAUCAACGCGGGAAACGGAAUGAAGGUAAAAAUAUUAAAAAGGAAUAACGUUUUUUCUGCCAUUACCAAAUCUAUGAUAAAUUAUUUCUGGGAACAAAGAUGAAUAAGCCAGAGGAGAACUUUUAACAACACCGGACAAAAGGCUAAGAUUACUCAAGCUCCCUGCAAUCCGAGAUUUCAGCUGCCUCCAAAAAACACGCUUGUUUAACUCCAGAGUCUAUUUUCUGAAGGAAAAGGGGACCGACACAGUACCACCUUAGUCUGUUCUCAUAAAUUAGUUACAAAGAUAAAAAAUUCCGUUAAAAAUCUGACGAAAUCUCAGCGGUAAAGACCAGUCUUAAGUAAAAGGAUUACGGAAAAGGAGAUCUGAGUUUUUUAGUUUCCUCAAUCCUAGAUGGGUUUGAAGAACAGUUAAGGACUUGUUUGUUUUUCAGGGUCAAAAAGGAGAACGUGGUUCACCAGGAAACAACGCAGGAGGUGUAAUUAAGUUUAGCGAUACCGCUGAGAAAUGUACCGCAAGCAUCGCCGGCACUGUAAGCUACAAUAGUUCCCAGAAAUCGUUGCAACUCUGUGAUGGAAGUGUUUGGCUUCCACUGCUGACUGUUGGCAAAGGUUACACAGCGGAUAGACCAGGCCGCCAUUGUUUGGAUAUUUUAAAUUCUGGUAAGCUUAAGCUGUGAUAAAUAAAUAGAGCCCAUAAGGGAAUGAGGAGAAUAAUGAUGGUUGUAGAGAAUGCUAGGAAGAACAUGGCCUGCAGUGCAGGCGUAUAUAUUGGGGGCGAGUGAAAGCUGCUUUUUAAAGUUUGCAAUGCAUGCUUCAGCCACCAUCUUUGAACUUAUUACAGAGGAUGAUUGCGGAGAGUAGAAUUAAAGACCUUUAGGGUAGGCGUGAGGGUGAAAGGAAAAAGGUGGGAAGGGCGGGGGAGGAGAAAAGCAUGGACUUGGGUACUGAGAAAAAGACUGUCAUCCAAAGACGUAAUAAUAUUCAUUUUUCAAUAUAUUUAUGAUCAGGCCAAAGUCAUGGCAGUGGGCUUUACCGGAUUGAUCCAAACGGUGGCUCGACAAAAGACUCGUUCCAGGCCUUCUGCGACAUGGAAACUGAGCGUGGAGGUUGGACCCUAGUUGCCACAAAGGUCUCCCCAGGCUUCCUCUUCAUCAAAACUGUUUUCUCAUCAGUGGCCGCUGCAACUAAGAACACAGAUGCCGCGAGUCACAUACACCCAAGCAUAGGGAACUGGAAAGAGGUUAUGUUCCGCUUUGCUGACGUUGAUACCAUCCGAGUCAUUUACAACAGAAAAGUGGGCGCACCAAACAAAGACAAGGAGGAAUUCGACAAGUUCUUGAUGGGAAAGUCUAUGAAUGUGGGAAAAAACGUGAAUGGAUUUUAUAAGUACAGUCCAGCAGAUAAGAAAAGAAAUCCCAGCGUGGGUUUUGCCACCAUAUCUACUUUGUACUUCGGUUCAAGGAAUGGGAUCUCAGAAGGUCAUAGUGGCACGGAUAAGUGGCUUGACAUGUGGCAUGGUGGAGACAGCUCAAACAACUACAUCUACAGUGAUAACAGCAGGGCGCGGGGCACCAAAUGUAUCGCGGGUUACUGUUAUCUGAACAAGCCAAUCUGGGUGAUGGUGCGUUAGCAAAUCCAUCAAGCCAAUACACGAGCAGCUGAUUACGGGAGAGAGAAUUAGAUACUUCGGAGUUAAAUGUCGAGAAUAAAGUAGGUUUUAAAAGAGCCGGACCGCUAGAGUAUCAAAAGCUCCGACAAUGUUGUCAAGAUUAAAACGACUUGAUGAUUAGUCCAGUUGAAAGAAUACUCGCAUCCUGUACCGAAUCCUCAUAAAAUAAAAUAAAAGGUGUUGGCGAUUUGGUUGUGUGUUGUUUAUUUGUCGGUUGUUUGUUUGUUUGUUUGUUUUUUUCCAGAACAAUCCUUUUGUUGCUUGGGUAAGGCUGAAAUAAUUAAGGACUACAUUCUAGCCAUCGUAGAAAGCUUUUCCGUCUGGUUUCGGAGCAAAGAAAGACCGACGAAAGGAAUUUUCGGUUUUGGCCGCGCGAGAAAUGGAACGAGAGACAUAAUGAGAGAGGGUUCUUCCUUACUUUUCUUCCCCACCCCCUCCCCGCUCUUUAACUAGCGCCAUUUUUCGCGCGGUCUUUUCGUUCCUUAUUCUUUGCUCCCAAACCGCACGUAGACGCUUGCUACGCAAGCUGAGUAGAUUCAGUUUUACUUUACCCAUCCGCGAAGUUAUUCAGUCGAUCAGAAAUAUUCUCAAAAAUGCAGAACUGAGGUUAUUAAAGGUUCUUACAAUUUACGAUGCUGACUGCGUCAAUUAAUGAAAAAUUUGUUGUUUUCAGCCUCAAAAGAGAGUAGCCUCGGUUGUUCAUAUUUCUUUUCCGGGUUUUCAAAAUAACUCAAUAGACACCGGAAAAGUAUUUUUUUCUAAUAUUCAAGACGAAAAGGCAAUUUUAAAACCACUAGGCAUAACAUCAUCGCAUUGUAGCACCCUGUGUUACAUAGUCUUAAGUUAUAACAUGUUGAAUCAGAAAGCCGGUCGGCAAAGCUUAUCCUAUAUCUAAAUCUCAUUUUAGUUCAAGAUCAUUGCAUGAAGCGAAUUGUUUAAAGUGCGGGUUUAUUACCGAUAAAGGGAGAUGCGCUUGAUCGUGGUCUUUUUAUAUUCCUCCAACCACACAAGAUACGAAUCGUGAAAAAGAACUUGGUAUAAGCAGGACAACCGAAAAUGCUGAUAAGAGGACUUUUUGAAGCUGGGUCAGGUUAACAUGCUUGAAAUGACCGUUUUUUUGACAAUAAUGAGUUUUCCGAUAAGAAUGAAAACUCGGAGAAAACGACCUGUUCUUAAGGGACACAGAAAAAGAAAUGCUUUUUAGCCUUGUUGUCAUGGAGGCGAUUCAUAAAGUUUGAACUCCUGUUAACAAGCCCAUAUAACAUGACCAUUUAAAUCAGGCAUCUUGGCUCCUCAUCAAUAACAGCUUUGCAAUUUGCUAAUUAAACUUCAGUAUUUUAAAUAAUACAUUUCAGUGGUAGUAUAAGGAUUUACUUUCAGAGUUACCAAGUCAGUAAUCAGAUAGGGGUCAGUGGAUGGCUAGGAUGAUGAAGUCUUAGUCCCCCCGGAUAAAUCACGAUGAUUCCGAACAUCUUUGCACUGUGAAGGCUGACUGUUUUCUUGAGCUUAUUGUCAAGCAGACAAGAUAUUAGACGCUAGGUAGCUGCUGCUGAGUAGAGCGUAGUAACCAGUUGGCUCAGUGGAAUUGUCCCACUGGAAUGUUUUCCACGACAGUCCAUGGACAUUUAUUUAAUCGUUAUUGUAAAAUUUAGGUCUUUACAUAUUUUUUGAUCACGUGAUUAGUCACGUGACAGACAUUACACGUACGGAAGAAAAUGACCCAGAGAUAUUAUAUAUUCAGAAAAAAUUUCUUCCUUCGAGGCACUUAAUCUUCUAUUCUCUUAAGUAACCCAGCAAAAGAUAUUGCAGACAAUCUCAUUUCUUUCUAGAUAAAUUUUUGAGCUAGCCGACAUUUUUUGUCAUAUUGUUCCUUCCAAAAUAUGCCACGACUAUGGCGAACAGCUUUCCUCUUCUGCCUCCCUCUUGGGCUGCUAUGGGAUCAGGAGUGACGUGAUCAUGACUUACUUUGUGUGAAACAGAAGUGUUUUACACCUGUGCGCCAAAAGAAUAGUUCCAGGGUGAGCUACAGUAUUUUCUUAUUUGACUGCCAAGAAAAGAUCACCGAUAAUGAUCACAAUAUAAUGUCGUAUAGGGAAGGUGGUCGCUUAUGGUGAUUAGCAGAUAGAAAGAAAGGUUCCAAAGCAAAAUAAAGAUAAGUUGGGAAAGAUUGAUCCAAAAUAAAAUGCAAAUCUUUUUCUUACUCUCUCGUUUUCACAUCAGCAUAUUUUUCGGUAAGGGUAGGGUGGCAUAUUCUUACGGUAUUCCCAACUACUCUCCUUUUGAUGCUGAUCAAGGGAAGCUCAGCGUUCUUCUUUAACUGCGCCUUAUAAAAGCCUCCGUAAAAAUUGAAUGGUGUAUAACAGUACUUUAAGGGUUUGCUACACUCUUUCUUCCUCAUUUUAUAUCGCUGAUUUGUAUUCCGGUAUGAUCAAAGGUUUUCGGCCGGCAGGGGCAGUCAAGUAUGACAGUGAAUUAAAUCUGCAUUGAAAACAGCAUAAGUAAUGUGAAAAUUAAAAUUUCGAUGGUCUCGCCGCUUUUUCUUGUUUAGAAAAAAAAAAAACAUCUUCCCAUCCAUUUUGAACUUGCCAUUUUCUACUGAAAACCAAAGGAGAGUGAACUAAAAAUGUUUCGCUUGGUUAUUCCGUUGUUUCUUGUUCUCAUCUUGCGUUCCUUCGCAACCCAGAAAACAUCUCCAAGCAAUGCAAGUUUCGCUUUUUUUAUUUCUGUUCCUUCAUGCAUGAAUUAAUGUGGUCUAAUUUAAAAAGGAAGAAAGAAGAUACACCAUGACUAUACCACUUAAAUCAGUAAAAUUCACUCACUAAUACCUCGCGGUUUUCUUCUUCAGUUAACAAAGCAAAACCACUGUUGUAACUCGUGUCGCGACGGUAAGCUGAAGACAUUAAGAGAAUCCUGAUUUUUUUCUGUACAUGUUCUGAUUCUCUUUUUUUUAAUUUUUUCCUAGGAAGGGACGGAAGAGAUGGUCAAAACGGUGAGAUAACACGUCGCACAUAUCAAUAUAACAUGUUCUCACUAACUGACACAAUGUUGACGAUUCAAGACCCAGACUUACACCCUCUGGCCAUAAAUGGAAUAUAGUAGAUUGCUAGCGGGAAAUACUGCCAUAGGAACUUAAAGUAGCCAUUUAAGUUCCAUAUUACAACCGAGCGAAUAAAUCUGAGAAAAUAUGAGAAGUUAUAACUGUCGAUAGUCGAAAAGCGAACCUUUUUAAAAAUAAGAUAACGUAGUCAGAGCUGGGAAUUUUUAAUUCAGAUGGUGUAGAAAAAUAGAUGAAGUAUUAAGCAAGAGAUCAAUAUCACUGACGUGGCACUCAAAAUUGUUGUCUUCCGCCGUUCUUUUGCGUGCAUUUUCUCUUUCUCUUUCUCUUUUCUACUCAUCAGUCAUUAAAUUAUUUUAUUUUUUCACACCCAAGGAAAGGAUGGUCGUGAUGGAAGAGACGGGAUCAACGCGGGAAACGGAAUGAAGGUAAAAAUAUUAAAAAGGAAUAAAGUUUCUUUCUGCCAUUAUCAAAUCGAUGAUAAAUUAUGUUUGGAUCAAGGAUGAAUAAGCCAGACGAGAACUUUUAAGAAGACUGGGCAAAAGGCUAAGAUUACUCAAGUUCCCUGCAAUCUGAGAUUUCCGCUGCCUAAUAAACAUUCCUAAAAAAAAACACGCUUGUUUAACUCCAGAGUCUAUUUUCUGUAGUAAAAGGGAGGGACACAGUACCACCUUUGUCUGUUCUAAUAAUUAGUUACAUAAGAUACAAAAUUUCGGUUAAAAUCUGACGAAAUCUCGGUGGAAAGGCCAGUCUUCAAUUAAAGGAUUACAGAGAAAGAGAUCUGAGUCUUCAAGUUUCCUCAACCGUAGACUUUUUUUUUGUUUUUGUUUUUGAGGGUCAAAAAGGAGAACGUGGCUCACCAGGAAACAACGCAGGAGGUGUAAUUAAGUUUAGCGAUACCGCUGAGAAAUGUACCGCAAGCAUCGCCGGCACUGUUAGUUACAAUACUUCCCAGAAAUCCUUGCAACUCUGUGAUGGAAGUGUUUGGCUUCCGGUGCUGACUGUUGAAAAAGGUUACACAGCGGAUAGACCCGGCCGCCAUUGUUUGGAUAUUUUAAAUUCUGGUAAGAUUAAACUGUGAUAAAUAAAAAAAACCCAUUGAUACUGAGGAGAGUAAUGAUGGUUGUAGAAAAUGCUGGGAAGCAGCUGGUCUGCAAUACAGGCGUACAUAUUGAGGGCGAGUGAAAGCUGCUUUUUAAAGUUUGUAAUGCUGGGGACGCCAUCUUUCAUCUUAUUACAGAGGAUGAGUGCGGAGAGUAGAAAUAAAAACCCUUGGGGUAGGCAUAAGGGCGAAAGAAAAAGAAAAGCAUGGACUUGGGUACUGGGGAAAAAACUGUCAUUCAAAGACGUGUUUCUUAAAUAAGCCUACCAAAGUUCAUCUUAUUAAUCAUAAAAUAUAAACAAACAUCUUAAAUAAUAUUCAUUGUUCAAUUUAUUUAUGAUCAGGCCAAAGUCAUGGCAGUAGGCUUUACUGGAUUGAUCCAAACGGUGGUUCGACAAAAGACUCGUUCCAAGCCUUUUGCGACAUGGAAACUGAGCAUGGAGGUUGGACCCUAGUUGCCACCAAGGUCUCCCCAGGCUUCCUCUGCAUCAAAACUGUUUUCUCAUCAGUGACCGCUGCAACUAAGAACGCAGAUGCCGCAAGUCACGUACACCCAAGCAUGGGGGACUGGAAAGAGGCUAUGUUCCGUUUUGCUGACGUUGAUACCAUCCGACUUAUUUACAACAGAAAAGCGGGCGCACCAAACAAAGACAAGGAGGAAUUCGACAAAUUCUUGAUGGGAAAGUCUAUGGAUUUGAGAAGGCCUGUGAAUGGAUUUUACAAGUACACUCCAGCAGAUAACAAAAGAAAUCCCAGCGUGGGUUUUGCCACCAUAUCCUCUUUCCACUUCUAUUCAAGCGGUGGGAUCUCAGAAGAUCUCCGUGGCACGGAUAAGUGGCUUGACAUGUGGCAUGCUGGUGAUCGCUCAAACAACUACAUCUACAGCGAUAACAGCAGGGCGCGGGGCACCAAAUGUAUCGCGGGCUACUGUUAUCUGAACAAGCCAAUCUGGGUGAUGGUGCGUUAG